AUCACUUCAACACGCAAUCGCGUUAACUUUAUUACCGUACAUCUUUCAUCACUCCUCAUCGCUCACUUGCUAUCAUUAAUUUCCACUACUGUCCACUUUUUAACAAAUUUAAUGCUGCAAUUUUCCAUACAAGAACAAGCAACCUUCCUCGAUCUGCGUUGCAAUUAUGACAACCGCAGUAGAACCAAACGGUGAUAAAGGUGGGGAGCUUGAUGGUGAUAUCUCACCAAGGAACAAGGACUCUAGCACUUUGACACAGUCGAUCCCAUCAUUAGAUACCUCGAAUAAUGGCCUCGGAUCCCUCACUAUGCGCGCCGACCCAGAUGCACAAGCUACGGUAACUGAUUUUCUUGAUUUUACCGAAUACCUCUCGUCCGACAUGAUGCGAUCUCUUACCCUCAUCGGGAAUCUCGACCAAGCCUACCUCGAGGCCUCAGCGACCGUAAAUGGCCUCACUGCUACGUGGGGAAAAUUACCAACUCUACCCGUCGACCAGCGUCCUACCCCCGCAAAGUUGCGCCAAGAGAUAUCUGAAAAUCUGAACCGCGCCGUCAGCUCGCGCGUCUUUUCGCACGCUGAAGCUGUUCGCAUACACGAAAAUGUAGUCCGACAUUAUAACAGAGCUAAAACCAUCCAUGCGAAGCUUCAAGCGAUGCGCGAUAAUUUUCCUACCGGAGAGGAACAGAAGAGCCCUACCCAUGUUAAAUCCCCGCAGAUGGUUCGCACCCCCAAGAUCACUCUUCGACUAGAUAGCAACGGACAGAAAAUACAGAGACCACCUAGAAUUACUGUCCCAGGGGAAGUUCUCGCGCCCUACGAGAUCGAUUUCAACUCCUAUACCUCAUUGAGCGAUGAGAGCUCCGACGAUGACGAGGAAGAGGAAGAGAUGCCUGUAUCCCCUCCAAGGCAAGUUGCGACUCCGUCAGCUCGCAUCAAGGUGGUCAAACCUCCUAAGUCCCCCAAACCCCCUAAGCAGAAAAUUCCCAAACCACCGCGACCUCCUCGAGCGUCUACCAACAGAUCUGACAACACAAUUCCUAUGAUGUCUACGAGCACUGCAUUGGCCCAGCUUAAGCCGCCCCCCGAGAACGCAGUGCCCGGCAGCGCUGAUGCCCCAUGGCUUCAACUCACGCCUUACGAACUGGCAAAGCUACGAAAGCGCAUGAAGAAGAAUGCGGUAUGGAACCCUAGCGACACUAUGAUAGCUCGCGAGCUUAAGAACCUGGGACGUGGCGUCGAAGCCUACAGGGCUGCCCAGAAACAAGCGGAAGAAGAAGGCAAGCCCUUCGAGGCGGCCCUCCCCGCUCCGGUGGUCGAUGCCGAAUCCGGGGCUCAGCACCCUCCCGAAGGCGCUAUUAGCGCUGAAGCCCUAACUGCCGACGAGGUACAGUUAAGCAACCGCGGUAUGAAGUUGAAUGAGGCCAAAAAGCUGAAACGUGAAUCUAUGGCAAGGAUCGCAGCCGAGGAAGCAGAAGAGUCCGCUAGAAAAAUGAUGGAAGCUGCGCGCAUGUUUCUUAGCCACGAAGCCUCUCCGUCCGUCAACGGGGGCCAGGACAGGCCGCCCGAGGCAAGUCAGAGCCAAGGGAAAGCUACCAAGCAAAAAACUAGAAAACGAAAGCGUAACUCCAUGUCAGAGACUCCCGUUUCAGAGAAACCUGAGGUGUCCCAGAAUUUGCCUGCGAACCAACCGGCUAACCAGCCCGAGAAACCUCCAAUGAAACGAACGAAGACCGAGACUCCGGUUCCGUUGCCACAACUGACUCCUCGUCCACCGUCAGUGCCCCCUCCACCUCCGGCAUCCACGGCACCUGCGCCCACAGAAACUCCCGUCCCCGUUCCGCACCUAGGAAAGAUCUCCCAGGCUACUACGACAUCGAAGACACCGGUGCCUGUCCCACUUCCUGUCUCGUCUGACACAUCCAUGGUCACUACAAGGUCUGCUGCUUCGUCUUCAGCAACUAGCCCAGUACCAUCGUCCAGCAUCACCACGACCGUCCCUGUUAAACCGCCAGCAGAGACGCCUGUUCCGCUGCCCCUUAAAACUUCAAACACGCCGAUUCCCCCUCCGGCUCGGGAGAUACCUAAAAGGGAAACUAGGCAGAACUUGCAGCAAGUUCCUACCCCCGCUCCAGCUAACCCCAAGCAGCCAAGUUCUCGGGGCAACACCCCAACAACUACUUUCACAACCGAAGGGCAGCCAACGUCUACGCGUCGACCUACCUCACGUGGCAAAGCCGCGAGUCAAGAGCCUCUCCCAACCCUCGCAGCUGAACGUCCUCGGCGCGCAAGCACUGCUCGGAACACCCCAGCCCCCGAGCUGCGCCAACCUAGCAAGCGUGCAAAACGACCGGCACCUGGCGUGGUGACUACAAACUCGGGUGGCACCAGCGCUAUAGGAAAGCGUAAGGCUGCGCCUCGCAAGAAAGCCAUCGGCAAGAAGGAGAAAGGAGCGAACCAGGAAGUUGAGGGUGAAGUGGACGACGACGGCAAUGUCAUCGAUCCCGAGGAACCGAGAUAUUGCCUUUGCAAUGGGGUUAGCUUCGGCACUAUGAUACAGUGCGACAACGUUGAUAAUUGCAAGCAAGAAUGGUUCCAUCUCGCCUGUGUUGGUCUUUCUGAGAUACCUGCACGUACGACAAAGUGGUAUUGCCCCGAGUGCCGUAUAGCACUGAAUAUUGGAGGAAGAGGAGAGGUGAAUUCACGAGGAGUGAGGAUGUGAUUGCACCCCCCCUAACUCAAUCUCUAUAAUUUCCAACCUGCAGAAUGAGAGGACGUCUAGUCUUUCGCUAACGAUUGAUACUAUUCACCCAACCCUUACUCUGGUCACAGACCUCUAUUGAGGUUUUGAUUUAUCGAGCCUUACUAUCGCCUAGGUUUACGCUGACAUGGGCCUGUAAAAUGAAAUGCCUACCGAGUUUUUUUUCCCCUGGGAAAACGGUGAGAAUAUAGGGGGGUAUA